AUGGCUGACGCCGACAAGCCUGAGGUGCUUAGGGCCGCUGGCGACGACAGCCCGCAUCGGCAGCCCUCGGAGCCGCCGGGCGAGCCCCGUCGAGAACCUCACCCGCCCGAGCUGGAGAAGCAGCCUCCGCAGCACAGCAGCAGCUCCAAUGGCGUUAAAAUAGAGAAUGAUGAAUCAGUCAAAGAAGAGAAAUCUGAAUUAAAAGAAAAAUCUACAGGGAAUAAGAAGGCCAAUAGAUUCCAUCCUUAUUCAAAAGAUAAGAAUUCAGGCACUGGAGAAAAGAAGGGUCCAAAUCGUAACAGAGUUUUUAUUAGCAACAUCCCAUAUGACAUGAAAUGGCAAGCUAUUAAAGAUCUAAUGAGAGAAAAAGUUGGUGAGGUUACAUACGUGGAGCUCUUUAAGGAUGCGGAAGGAAAAUCAAGGGGUUGUGGUGUGGUUGAAUUCAAAGAUGAAGAAUUUGUCAAGAAAGCACUAGAGACAAUGAACAAAUAUGACCUUAGUGGAAGACCGUUGAAUAUUAAAGAGGAUCCUGAUGGAGAAAAUGCUCGUAGGGCAUUGCAACGAACAGGAGGAUCAUUUCCAGGAGGACAUGUACCCGAUAUGGGAUCGGGAUUGAUGAAUUUACCACCUUCCAUUCUCAAUAAUCCAAACAUUCCUCCUGAGGUUAUCAGUAAUUUGCAGGCUGGUAGACUUGGUUCCACAAUUUUUGUUGCUAAUCUUGACUUCAAAGUUGGUUGGAAGAAGCUAAAGGAAGUGUUCAGCAUAGCUGGAACUGUAAAGCGGGCAGAUAUUAAAGAAGACAAAGAUGGCAAGAGCAGAGGAAUGGGCACAGUCACUUUUGAACAAGCAAUUGAAGCAGUUCAAGCUAUUUCUAUGUUCAAUGGGCAGUUUUUGUUUGAUAGACCUAUGCAUGUGAAAAUGGAUGACAAGUCUGUCCCUCAUGAAGACUACCGUUCACAUGACAGUAAAACACCACAGUUACCACGUGGUCUUGGAGGCAUUGGAAUGGGACUUGGUCCAGGUGGACAACCUAUUAGUGCCAGUCAGUUGAACAUUGGUGGUGUAAUGGGAAAUUUAGGUCCAAGUGGUAUGGGAAUGGAUGGUCCAGGUUUUGGAGGAAUGAAUAGAAUUGGAGGAGGAAUUGGGUUUGGUGGUCUGGAAGCAAUGAAUAGCAUGGGAGGAUUUGGAGGAGUUGGUCGAAUGGGAGAGCUAUACCGUGGUGCGAUGACUAGUAGCAUGGACAGAGAUUUUGGACGUGGUGAUAUUGGAAUAAAUCGAGGCUUUGGAGAUUCCUUUGGUAGACUUGGCAGUGCAAUGAUUGGAGGGUUUGCAGGAAGAAUAGGAGCUUCUAACAUGGGUCCAGUAGGAUCUGGAAUAAGUGGUGGAAUGGGUGGCAUGAACAGUGUGACUGGAGGAAUGGGGAUGGGACUGGAUCGGAUGAGUUCCAGCUUUGAUAGAAUGGGACCAGGUAUAGGAGCUAUACUGGAGAGAAGCAUCGAUAUGGAUCGAGGAUUUUUAUCGGGUCCGAUGGGAAGCGGAAUGAGAGACAGAAUAGGCUCCAAAGGCAACCAGAUAUUUGUCAGAAAUCUGCCUUUUGACUUGACUUGGCAGAAACUAAAAGAGAAAUUCAGUCAGUGUGGUCAUGUAAUGUUUGCAGAAAUAAAAAUGGAGAAUGGAAAGUCAAAAGGCUGUGGAACGGUCAGAUUUGACUCCCCAGAAUCAGCUGAAAAAGCCUGCAGAAUAAUGAAUGGCAUAAAAAUCAGUGGCAGAGAAAUUGACGUUCGCUUGGAUCGUAAUGCAUAA